AUGGCUUUAAAAACAAUUCUGAUGUUUACAUUUAUAUAUAUUGUGUUGCAGAGUAAUGUGGAGAUUUCGAGGCUGACUAGGUUGGUGUCUCUUGAUCUUUCCUCAAUGUUUGAUUCUGUAGAGUUAAGAAAACCAAACUUUGAAUCUUUUUUUAUGAACCUGAGUUCUUUAAAAGAGGUGUAUCUUGAUGGUGUACACCUCUCCGCUCAAGGCUCUUACUGGUCUCAAGUCUUAUCCUCUACUGCAUUGCCUCAUCUUCAAGUUUUAAGUUUGUCCAACUGUCAUCUCAAUGGUUCAAUCCACCCUUCAUUUGCAACACUAAAAUCUCUAUCUUAUUUGCAGCUUAGCUAUAACAAUCUGUCUUCUGAUUUCCCAGAAAAUGUUUUUCUCCUCCCAAAAUUGAAAACCAUUGACAUCUCGGUUAAUAAACUUCUGAGCGGGCAGUUUCCAGAGUUUCCAAAACACACCUCUUUGCAAACCAUUUCACUUUCUGUAACAAAAUUUCAUGGAGAAUUACCCAAGUCCAUUGGAAAUCUUCAGUCACUGAAAAUUCUAGAUAUUUCUAGCUGCAAUCUCUGGGGUUUAAUCCCAUCGUCACUAGCAAACCUCACAAGUAUUAUUGAGUUAGACAUUAGACGCAAUAGAUUCAGUGGUUCUUUACCCCCAUUUCAUAGUACAAGUGUACCAAAUCUCUCGUACCUUGACAUGUCAUCCAAUCUUCUCACAGGUGAAAUUCACUUGUCUAUUUUCACGCUACCAUCUCUAGAACACUUGUACCUCCAUGCUAACAAAUUCAGUGGUGAACUUGAGGAGUUCUCUAAUACAUCUUCCUCUGUUUUAGAGAGUUUGGGUUUGAGUGGCAAUGAAUUGAGUGGGGUGGUACCUAAAUCAAUCUUUCAACUUCCUAACCUCAUUCAUCUAUCAUUGGGCUCUAACAAUUUUAAUGGUAGUGUGAAAAUUGAGAUGCUGCAGAAUCUCAAGAACUUGGCAUUUUUAGAUCUUUCUGACAUUAGUUUGACAGUUGAAGAAAAUGAUGAUAGAAGCUUUGACUUGCCUCAGCUACAGAGUUUGCAUCUGCAUAAGUGCAAUUUAUCUGACUUCCCCAUUUUCCUUAAUAGCAAAGUACAACUUACAUAUCUAAAUCUUGCAGAUAAUCACAUCCGAGGUUACGUUCCUAGUUGGUUAGGGAACAACAGCAAUCUCAAGGUAUUGGAUCUUUCCGGAAAUCCAAUACAAUUUCUUGAUCCAUCAUCAACUAUGGGAAAUAGUUCAUUUGUGUCACUAAACCAACUGGUGAUGCAUUCUUGCAACAUUUCUAAGUUCCCCAAGAUCUUGAAAGGCCUCAAUUCUUUAUUGUUUCUUGACCUUUCUGAUAACAAGAUAGAAGGUGAAAUACCAAGCUGGAUAUGGAAAAGUCAACUUCAAUUUGUGAAUAUUUCUCACAAUCUAUUAUCUGUUGUUGAUGAAUUUCCCUCAAAUCUUUCUUUAUAUGUGUUUUAUCUUUAUCUUCACGGAAAUUGUAUCAAAGGAUCUCUUCCAUCCGGAAUAUGCAAUAUGAGCAACCUGCGUGUUCUUGAUGCAUCAUAUAAUAAUUUGAGUGGUUUGAUCCCCGAGUGUCUUGUCAAGCUAGCAGGUCUAUCAGUUUUGAACUUGAAAGGAAACAGAUACGAUCAAAUGCCUUCUACUUUUACAGUUGCCGAUAAUAAUCUUCGCUCUCUAAAUAUAAAUGGCAAUCGAUUAAAAGGGAAGUUGCCAAGAUCACUGGCCAAUUGCAAAAUGCUAGAGAUUCUUGAUUUGGGAAACAAUAUGAUAUCUGAUACUUUUCCAUUUUGGUUGGAAAAACUCCCUUCACUCAAAGUUCUUAACUUAUGA